AACCGAAAUCGGAAAUAUAGCGUUACUCAAGUUCGUUUGGAAAAGUAUUCAAGUAAUUUAACUAAUUGUAAGUCAUAAAGAUUGGCGUAUUUGUAUUGGUGGUGCUCAUCAUUAAUAAUGACCAGUUACCACAAAAUCUACAUGAACCAUGUGCAAUCCAGCAACCUCCAAUCACAGCUGUGUGCCAUGUGGAAAAAACAGACUCUUUGUGAUGCUGUCAUCAAAUCAGACACUACUCUAGUCAGGGCACAUAGAGUAGUUUUAGUGGCUUCUUGUCCAAUGCUACAGUCCAUGGAGAAUUCCACAUCAGGCUCACAUUUAGAAAUCCGAGUCACAUCUGAUAUCUGUAGAGAGUCUAUCAUAACAUUUCUACAGUAUCUCUAUGAGGGUUUUCUGAUGUUAACGGAGGAAAACUGCAGGCAGGUGGAGAGGCUAGCUCGGAUGUUACAUAUGGACAACAUCAUCAACUGUUGUGCCGACUUUAAUAAGUGUUUGUCCUCAUCCAGUCCCUAUAUUUAUGGACCUUCAGAUCAGGCUGAUUUUAAACAUGUCCGAAUCACAAAGCUAAUGAAAGUUCAGGAAUGUUCUCAAAAGCGUUCACAGGCUUUUGAAAAUUCAGGCAGUCUUCAAUCAAAGAGAUUUAGACAGUCGGCCUCCAGAAUAAGUGAACCCUUUGAUAAUACAAGCAAUGACAGUUGUACAGAGCAGCAAGAAUCUUGGCAGGGAUAUGUUCAGUCACAAAGUGGUGUUAGACAAGAGGGGAUUGAAUUAUUCCAAGUUCCCCCAUCAAGGGAAACAGUGUCAAAAACAGUUCCCCCACAGACUGUUUCUCUGUCUCUUACAACACAGUCCAGCACUUCCACAGACAAAGGAAUGAUUGAUUUUACGAAGACCCACAGAGAAAUAUCUACCUCAGCGAAUGUUCCUACCCCUGAUCCUUUGUGUGAAACAGGUCUUGUUGAUCUGUCUAAAGUUUCUCCAUUUUCCACACCUUGUAUUUCUGAAGUCCGAUCCUUACAGACAGUAGAUUCUAAUCCAGAUGAAGUCAUACAAGAAGGUUUACAAAGUGAUACCAUCCCAGUUACACACAUGGAAGUGCUGCAGUCUGGUGACUCUAUUUCACAUAGUUCUUCUGAUUCUAGUGUUUCAUUUACUGCCAGUAUGGGGAAAGAUAAGCAGUUAAACCAAGGGUCAUCUUCAUCUGUACAAAAGAUUGGAUCACAAAAACAGAAUUCCCAAAGAAAAUUUGGAGAAGGGGAAAGAAGUUACAGUCAGCCAUGCCCCGAUUUCCGUGGUACAAUGGUUGACCUUUGUGCUGGAGAAGACAUUACUAUUGUGAAAACAGAACCUGAAGACUCAUCUUAUCCAGACCACUACACUGAGCUCCAAAACCCAGAGACUUCUCAGCGUAAUGAAGGGCAGAUAACUCCAGCAGAUUGGUCUGUUAGUAACAUCUCACUGUCGACAGAAGAGAACUCACCUCUAGGAGAAUUGUCUCCAAGGCAGAUCAACAGAGCAGAUGAGAGCCAUAGGAAGGAUUCUGACGCAUUUUCAGAUGGUCACGACAGUGGGGAAGUAUCUUUUCCCCAGGAUCCAAGAAGUGAAAGAAUGCACCCUCUUGUCUCAAAUGAGAGUUUAUACAGCCCUCUUCCUCCAACUGGAUUUGGCCAAGGAGAUUUGGCUUUGCAUUUAUCCAUGUUUGCAGAUCAAGUUGCAAUGCAAAUGAAAGACAUGGGAACUCAAUUAAUAAAAUGUUCAAUAUGCCACAAAGAUUUCAGUACCAGAUAUGGACAGAAGCUUCAUAUGGAGAGAUUUCAUCCUGACCCCAAGAAAAGCAAGUCUAAGGAAUUCCCCAAUUGUAAGAUCUGUGGCAAACAGAUGGCUAGCAAGUAUGCUCUCAAAAUUCAUGAAAUCAAGCAUACAGGACAGAGGGCAUUUAAGUGUGAGCUAUGUGGCAGCUCAUUUGGUUAUAAAAGUGUUCUAAAGAAGCACAUGGAAGUCUGUAAUUUAAAAUGAUCAAAAAGCCUUGAGGAGGAAUUGAAGAAAUUCUUAGCAAGGUGAUGAACAGUCCUAGUAUGGUUUUAAACUCUGGAGGAAAGAACCCAGAAACCUCAACUCAGAAGUUCACAGCCACGUACACUGAC